UGGACCUAUAUACCACUAAUAGAGAAAAGAACCAAACUUGGCGGAGGUGAACGGCGGUUCCCGGCGUAUUAGAUGGUGGCACGGUAGUAAAGCAUUGCCAUAUCAUGGAAGGUCUCGCCGCUCCGUCGAGACGCAAGGUGAUGGUUGUGGCGGACCCCACCAGGGAGUCGGCGGCCGCCCUCGAAUACGCCCUCUCCCAUGCAAUUCUAGAAAACGAUACGCUGUACCUUCUCCACGUCGAGAACCCCAAUGCGUGGAGAAACCAGAUCGGAUCAUUCUUCAAAUGGCCCCCGUCGUCGGCAUCCAAUAGGACCGCCGCCUCAGACGGCGGAGCCGCCGCCCCGGUAUGCGGUGGCAGCCCGCAUGUGGAGGUGGACUUCUUAGAAGCCAUGAAGCGUGCAUGUGAGUUUGCGCAGACGAAAAUGGUGGUGCAUGCUGAGAGGGUGGCCAUAAUGGAUGGGAAGGAUAAAGCUUCGGUCAUUCUUUCUCAGUGUUCAACGCUUGGGAUUGAUCUUCUCAUUAUUGGGCAGAGGAGGACUCUAUCCAAUUCAAUUUUAGGGCCGAAGAGAAGUGGACGUGGAUCGUUAAGGGGGCUAGACACUGCAGAAUAUUUGAUUGAGAACAGCAAAUGCACCUGUGUGGGAGUACAGAGAAAGGGCCAAAAUGCUGGAUAUGUUCUUAAUACUAGAACACAUAAAAACUUUUGGCUCUUAGCUUAAUUCAAUUAAAUUAUUACUUGAUCCAUCUCAUUUCUCAGAUCAAUUAAUAUAAUUAGUUUGUGACUUUGUGCUUCUUCCUUACGGUGACAUUAUUGUAAAUUCUUUCCACUUUUAAUUAAACAAUUCACCUGCAGAUCUAUAUUGUGAUCUUCUGCAUAUUUAUAUCCUAC